GGUCAACAUCAGCUUGGUCAAGUUCGCUUCGCUUGACUAGAUCAUGACGUCGAAUCUCUCCUUUUCCCACGGGCGAGCCAACAUUCGAAAAGGAGCAUCGAAAAUAUUUCUCCCUCACCUUGCACCUACAGCUGGGCCGAAGGACAAAAGAGGAGGGAACAACCUGCAGAAAAAGAAACAACGCGACAUAGGGUGCUGACUGCCAAUCCUGUACGGAGGCCCCCAGUGAUCCUCCUUUAGCCCCCGACGCCUAUGCCGCCGCCGCCGCAGCCCACGCGACCUUUGAGUUCGGGCGCGCCAGGGAUUCACUGGUUCAAACUGCUGAAGCUUGGAGAUCUGGAGGGCGCCGGGUGAGGCAGGUGAAGUGAUGGGCGAUCACAAUGCCGUUGCGUAUCCGUCCACCUCCGGCUUCAACUACAGUCUUCAAGGACUGCCCUACAGUGAAACCCGAGCAUCCAAACCUCCCAUCCCGGUCACGCGCUCAGUCACCUCGUUACAUCGAAUCGCAGACUUGGAACCAGACAAGCCGCAACAUUCUCCGCUGACAGGGGACACCGCGUCCACCUCCUCCAAUAAGAGAUACAACCCGCACGCGUCGCCGCAAGAUGGAGACGGCCCUCGUACCCAGAUUGCAGGCUCAAUCUCCGCAAGGGAAAGUCAGACAAGCACCACUCUGAGCCUCAAUACAAGAACCCCUACGAUAUCCAGCUUGACCUCGGCGACCCUUAGCAUUCCUCAGAUCCGCGUGAACGAGACCGCCUUCCGAGAGUCGCUUGCGGACCGCAACAGCAAUCUCAGCACAUCAGAGAGUGGGAGAUGGUUAUCGCUGGGACCGUCGCGGUCGAGUUCAGCUGUAUCAUUCAAAGAGACAGGCAAAGACACACAGGAUACGUCCCCGGGAAUCAAUGGUCUAUCCUUGGAUAUCAACCUUCCUACAACCGGCUUCGGCGAAGAACUGCUUCCCGCCACCAGCAUAGAAUUCUCCAAGAGAGGGAGCAUGCUCAUUGAUGGGAGGAGAGUCAAUCAGUCCAACCGCAAAAGUUCGCCGAAUCUCGCUCCGAUCAUGGACGAAGAGAGAAAGAUGAAUGGAGAGCCCGAUAUUCAAGAGGCGACUGCGAGCGACGAACAAUCUACUCCCGCCGCAGUGGCGAGAGCUCCCAACGGCCGCCCAUCAGGCAAGAUCCUCUCUGCCGACGAAGAACUCUUGUCUGAAAAGGUGCGCGCAUUCUACGCUGCAGGAACGGACGGUCAACAUGACAUAGAGUCCAACGUCAAUCUGGCAGUGCGAAUGGGAGCUCGGUGGCAGUCAACCUUGGUGACCGAUACGCGCAGUAUCAGCAAUCCAUCCCUUUCACGCGCCACCUCCACCACAGACAUUCACGAGGACGCCAACAACUCGAGGCAACCGAGCAUGGCAACAUCAGCCUCUCAAUCUUAUCUAGUUCCCGAGCGCGAGGAGAACGAGCUUGCGGGUGGUUUAGAGGACUGGAAGGAUAUCGAUAAUGCAGAUGUGGACCGCUAUGGCUUUAUCAUCGCCAGGGCGCCGACCAGCACUGUUGACGGCGCCGACGAGUCCAAGGCACAGCGGCUUACGCGAGUAACAACGAGCUUGCAGCUGGCCAGCGAGACGCCCCGGAGGAAAAACACUUUACGCCGCGCACCCAGCAGUGCACACGGAUCUCUGCGUUCGUUCCAGAGCAAACAUGCCAGCCCCGAAAACACUCCACCCCGUCCCGUGAGUUCCCAAAGUGCUUAUGCGCGCCCACAGCGCCGAAAUGCCUCUACCAGAAUCCCGAUACCAGGCUCGAAAAACCGUCGUCUGAUGGACUCGGCAAUGGACAUGCUUACGCUCCCGACAUCCGCACAAUCGGUGGUAGAAAAUGGACACGUGCGCAUCGACAAUGCACGGGCGCGGCGGAAAGAGCUCGAGCGUGAGGCGAAAUGGCGGCGCAUGGCAAAGGCCAAAACUCCCUCGAAAGAUCCCAAAACGGGUCUACCAUUGGUGGGCGCUGGUUCGGAAAGCGAAUAUACUUUUGACACGACGAAUCCCAAACUCGUUGAGCGAACCUGGAAGGGUAUCCCUGACAAGUGGCGUGCCACAGCGUGGCACAGUUUUCUCAGUGCGUCGGCGUCGAAGCGGAAGAACUGCGUCAGUGAUGCCGACCUGACCUCCCUGUUUCAUUCUUACCAGGAUGAGGCCAGCCCGGACGAUGUGCAGAUCGACUUGGACGUCCCGCGGACGAUAUCUGCACAUAUCAUGUUUAGGAGAAGGUAUAGGGGUGGCCAGCGGUUGUUGUUCCGCGUUCUGCAUGCCAUGUCGCUGCACGUUCCUUCAACCGGAUAUGUACAAGGCAUGGCAGCCCUUGCGGUCACGUUGUUGGCAUAUUAUGACGAAGAAAAAGCCUUCGUGAUGCUUGUGCGGAUGUGGGAAUUGCGCGGCUUGGGAGAGUUAUACAAAUCCGGCUUUGGCGGGUUGAUGGCUGCUUUGGACGAUUUUGAAAAGGGAUGGUUGGAUCAAGGUGAAGUGGCGAGGAAAUUGGAGUCGCUGAACAUUGGGCCCACGGCGUACGGAACGCGGUGGUAUCUCACUCUAUUCAACUAUGCCAUCCCGUUUCCGGCGCAGUUGAGGGUCUGGGAUGUGUUCAUGUUGCUGGGUGACGACACUACGGCGACAGACUCAUCCUUGGUCGCUCCGGGUACCUCGUCUUCGAAAGACAAGCCUCCGCCCGACGCCGAUGCGGUCUCCUUUGGGACCUCGUUGGACGUCCUUCACGCCGCCUCUGCAGCACUGAUUGACGGCAUGCGCGACAUCCUUCUGGAAUCCGACUUUGAAAAUGCCAUGAAGGUUCUGACCAGCUGGAUCCCCAUCCAGGACGAGGAUCUCUUUAUGCGGAUCGCACGAGCAGAGUGGAAGAUUCAUAAUACGAAGACAAAGGUGCGAUGAGGGGGGACAAAGGUCACGGCUGGGCCAGAUCGGUAGAAACGAACAAAAAUGAGCAUAUAUGGAAUGUUGUUGUAUCUUGAUUUGUAAUUCCAGGCGCAGAUCUGCCCGAGAUGGCGCGCCUUCUAACUAUUAAUGCCAUCUCAUGUCGAGAAGGGAAACUAAU